CUCAACUCUUGAUGUGAAGAAAAAAAAAUUGGCCUCGUUUUCAGGCCUUUUGUGUUGUUUUUCGGUCUUGGGCUAGACAUUUCCAUGACCUGGCAACCCUGUGUAUGGCUAACAGUGUUUAUUACAAACAGGGAGAUCUCAGAGAUAAAUGUACUAGCUUGUAGGACCAACUCGGAUCACUCAUAACCGCUGAAGAUUGUUGCCUCCGUCUCUGCAGAUGAUGACCAGCUCUGUCUUAUAAGAAGACAAGCCAUCACAAUCACCCACAUGGCACCAGCCUAGAGCUGUCUUAUAAGGAGAAGACAAGCAACACAAUCACCCACAUGGCACCAGCCUAGAGCUAUAAGACCCUGGAAGUUUGAAACAUUUACUGAUAUGAAGGCCGUUAGUUUAACAGAACAAGUUUCUCUGCCCAGGUUAAAACUACAUCACCUCAAAAUGGUGGAAGGCGAUUCUCUGCAUAGCGUUAACCUGAAUCAAUUCAAAAUGGAGGAAGGAGAUUCUCUACACAGCGUUAACCUGAAUCAACUCAAGAUGGAGGAAGGAGAUUCUCUGCACAGCGUUAACCUGAAUCAACUCAAAAUGGAGGAAGGAGAUUCUCUGCAUAGCGUUAACCUGAAUCAACUCAAAAUGGAGGAAGGAGAUUCUCUGCAUAGCGUUAACCUGAAUCAACUCAAAAUGGAGGAAGGCGCUUCUCUGCAUAGCGUUAACCUGAAUCAACUCAAAAUGGAGGAAGGAGAUUCUCUGCAUAGCGUUAACCUGAAUCAACUCAAGAUGGAGGAAGGAGAUUCUCUGCAUAGUGUUAACCUGAAUCAACUCAAAAUGGAGGAAGGCGAUUCUCUGCAUAGCGUUAACUUGAAUCAACUCAAAAUGUCCGCUGCUGUUUCUUUACCCAUCUUGAGACUCUACAGACUGACAAAGGAUCAACUGUCUCUCUGUGAUCCUAGACUUGACCAGAACAACCCGAAGAACAACAACAAACCAGGCAGAAAACCAACGAAGAAGAAAAACACCACCACCAGCAGAGGAAAGAAAAAAUCCACAAGAAAUGGACACAACUCCGCUGACAACAAAAACAUUUUUAGCCAGGUAUCACUAGUGUCUAGACAUCAGCACUGCCCGAAGGGAAGCAAAAAUAAACCCAGGAUAAUUCUCAAACUCUCCCGCUCCAUCUUGAGGCCUGACGCAGCAAAAAAAGAGGUGAAACAAGAGAUGGAUGAGCUGCCUAUCGGUACAAGAAGUGAUGAACACUGGUUGAACUCUGUGAAGCCAGAGAGCUACGACCCAGAGAUGGUUAACACCAGCGGACCUACAGAGAGCAACCCCAGGACAGAUGCACAUCACUUUGGUAUCAAGACGAAGGAUGCCCCCCUGUACCGCCAGGAUGAUGGGAGGCAGCUGCAGUCUACCAUUCAGCCAUUCAAUCCGGCUGCGUUGCGGUCUGACCUGGAAUGUUGGCCUCAUAACCAGAAGGUCCCCAGGUUCCCGUGUCCGGACUGCGGCCAGAAGUUCUUCUCCAAAAUUCAGUUUAAGUUUCAUUCCCGGAGCCACACACAGUACCGGCCGUACUCCUGUGAGGUGUGCCAUAAAACGUUCUCCCGGAAAGGCAGUCUAGAUGAGCACCGACCAAUCCACGAGUUGGAGCGCCCCUUCGCCUGCCUCCAAUGCGGCAGGACCUUCACGUUCAAAUCCAACCUGACCCGGCACAUGCGGUUCCACAGCGAUGCACGGCCCUACGUCUGCCCCCAGUGCGGCCAAAGCUUCAAGAUCUCCGACCACCUGAAGAGCCACAUGACGGCCCACAGCGGGAAUAAACCGUACGUGUGCCCAGAGUGCGGCCAGAGUUUUGUCCGUUACAUUAGUCUGAAGUAUCAUCGACUGAGCCACACCGGCGAGCGCCCGCUGUCCUGCCCAGAGUGUCCCAUGACCUUUGCCCGGCCGCACACCCUUAUGAUCCACCGGCGACAACACAGCAGGAAAACACUGUUCUCUUGCCAGGACUGUGGGAAGCAGUUCAAACAGGGGUACCAAUUGAAAGACCACGUUACAAUGAAACACACAGGGGAGAAACCUUACAAAUGCUCCGAGUGUGACAAGUGCUUCAUCACUUCGGCGUCUCGUAAAGUGCACAUGGUUGUCCACACAGGAGAGAAGCCUUACAAAUGCACAGAGUGCUGUAGGAGAUACAGUCAGAGUGGGCAUCUAGCGCAGCACAUGAGGAGACACACUGGGGAGAAACCAUACAAAUGCUCCGAGUGUGACAAGUGCUUCAUCACUUCGGCGUCCCGUAAAGUGCACAUGGUUGUCCACACAGGAGAGAAGCCGUACAAAUGCACGGAGUGCUGUAGGAGCUACAGUCAGAGUGGGUCCCUGAAGAGGCACAGGUGUGAGCAGCAAACCAAGUGAGAGGAACCUCGGGGCUACGCCCCAAAUGGCACCCUUUUCUCUAAAUUGUGCACUAGGGCCCAUAGGAUUCUGGUCAAAAGUAGAGCACUGAAUAGGGUGCCAUUUGGCACACAGCCCCAGUGUUCUGAGUGUAGGAACUGGAGAGAACUGGAGAGUGGGUCCUUAAAGCAGUACAGCUGUAAGCAGCCACGUAGGUGAGAGGGUUCUCAGGUGUUUUGACUAGGGGAACUGGACUAUACAGACACUGAGCUGCGUUCCCUAUUCCCUAAUAUAGUGCACUACUUUAUGACCAAAUAAACCUACAGCUCUGAUCAAAAGUAGUGUCGCUUCCCCCUCUCCGUGUUACUGUUUCCCUUCCUCUCCGUGUUACUGUUUCCCUUCCUCUCUUUGCAGAACAAAAAUGUAGUGCACUACAGGAAAUAGGAUGCCAUUUCAAAACACACCCCUCUGUUUUGUAAAAGCUACCAAGCAUUCAUUGUUCCUCUGAAGUGUUUCUAAAAGAGAAUCAACUUGUCCCUUAUUUGUAACACUUCCACUUGAUAUUGUUGUGUUGUGACGAAAAGCCCACUAGUCUUAGAGCCUGCCUUCUGCGAGUCUCCCUAUAAAUUAGAGGACGUACUAAACAUAAAUGAGAUCAAGUUCUACAAGGCGAGGCCACGCCCGUUGGACGAAUGAUCUAAUCUCCUUGGAAACCAAAAGACCGAUCAAGGAAGCCUUAUCCUACUCAGACAGAAGAGUUUCCAGAGAGGACCCUGCGGAGCGCGCUGUUGCUCAUUCAAGACCACGGACUGAGUUCGCAAUACAUCCUGCGGGGUCAGAGAAAUAAUUACAUUAACUCUAAUAGACUUUAGGCCUACUUCCCUGGACUGAUAAUACACUGAACAAAAAUAUAAAUGCAACAUGUAAUGUUUCAUGAGCUGAAAUAAAAGAUCCCAAUUUUUCAUAUGCGCAGAAAGCUUAUUUCUCUCAAAUGUUGUGCACAGAUUUGUUACAUCCCUGUUAGUGAGCAUUUCUCCUUUGCCAAGAUAAUCCAUGCACCUGACAGAUGUGGCCUAUCAAGAAGCUGAUGAAACAGCAUGAUCAUUACACAGGUGCACCUUAUGCUGGGGACAAUAAAAGGCCACUCUAAAAUGUGCACUUUUGUCCCACAACACAGAUGUCUCAAGUUUUGAGGGCUUGUGCAAUCGACAUGCUGACUGCAGGAAUGUCCAUCAGAGCUGUUGCCAGAUAAUUGAAUGUUAAAUUCUCUACCAUAAGCCGCCUCCAACGUCGUUUUAGAGAAUUUUACAGUACGCGCAACCAGCCUCACAACCGCAGACCACGUGUAUGGCAUCAUGUGGGUGAGCGGUUUGCUGAUGUCAACGUUGUGAACAGAGUGACCUGUGGUGGCGGUAGGGUUAUGAUAAGGGCAGGCAAGCUAUGGACAACGAACACACUUGCAUUUAUCUUAAUGCACAGAUAUACCGUGAUGAGAUCCUGAUGCCCAUUGUCAUUCCAUUCAUCUGUCACCAUCACCUCCUGUUUUAGCAUGUUAAUGCACAGCCUUAUGUCGCAAGGAUCUGUACACAAUUCCUCGAAGCUGAACAUUUCCCAGUUCUUCCAUAGCCUGCAUACUCACCAGACAUGUCACCCAUUGAGCAUGUUUGGGAUGCUCUGGAUCGAUGUGUCCGACAGCAUGUUUCAGUUUCCGCCAAUAUCAAGCAACUUCGCAGAGCCAUUGAAGAGUAGUGGGACAACAUUCCACAGGCCACAAUCAACAACCUGAUGAACUCUAUGUGAAGGAGAUGUGUCACGCUGCAGGAGGCAAAUGGUGGUCACACCAGAUACUGUUUCUCAUCCAUCCAGGCCCCUACCUUUUUUUUAAAGGUAUCUCUAUUCCCAGUCAUGUGAAAUCCAUAGAUUAGGGCCCAAUUAAUUUAUUUCAAUGGACUGAUUUCCUUAUAUGAACUGUAACUCAGUAAAAUAUUUGAAAUUGUUGCAUGUUGCGUUUUAUAUUUUUGUUCAGUAAAAGAACCAAGAGAGGAAGACGUGGGUAUCACUCCUUUGGCUGUGAGCUAUUUCCGGCCCCCUGGCCUCAGCUCUACGAGAGGGAGAGAGAGACCACCAUCCUCCAAGCACUUAUCCCAUCCUGACGGAAUCCCACUGAGAGGCAACAUCGACAUACAAUGAAUUUCCCUGUUGCAUUAUAACUAUUCUAUGAAAGUGGCGUUGUGUGUGUGUAAGACGGCAGGUCUAAUUUACCAACCCAUGAUCCAUACCGUCUCUGCAUUGUCCACAUUAGCCUGGUAGCCUGGGCCCACUGCCGAUUUCUGGGUGACAAAACUAUCAUUUCACGGUUGUGAAAGCAUGUGUUGGUGGAGCCUCUCAUAUUUCCCUCUCAAUUGAUAAUACUCAUCUCGUCCUCAAAGGUCUUGUGAAUGUAUGUACUGUUGUAUUUGCUGAGUUGGGUACGGAAGUUAAUUUAUAUUGACCUGUGGAGAUUCUCCCCUAGACAACUGUGCUGUAUCUUGUACACUCUGCCUCUAUAUUGUAUCUGUUAAUUACUGAAUUUUCCAACUUAUUUAGUCUAGUAAAUAAAACCUUGAAUUAA